AUGGUUGAUGAAAAUACAGAGAGGAAGUCUGGAUUGAAUUUUGCUAAACUAUUGGUUGAGGUGGAAAUGAAUGCAAAUCUAGACUCCGUUACUUUCAAGAAUGAAAGAGGGAAUUUGGUGGAGCAGAAGGUGGUGUACGAUUGGAAGUCUACCUUAUGCAAGUAUUGUGAUAAAUAUGGGCAUGAUGAGAUUAAUUGCAGGAACAAGAAGGGCCAGCACAAUGCAGCACAUGAGAAGAAUGGGAAAGAUAUAAUUGAUGAGAAUGUAGUUCAAUAUGUACCAUUGGUGAAGGGACGGACUGAAACAAAUACAAAUGAAGGAAAUGUGGCAAAACAAGGAACUAAGGAGAGUGUACGGAUUACCCCCUGGAGAACUGGACGAAACCAAGGUAAGCAGCAGCAGCAAACAGGAUACUCUCAGCAACAGAAGGUGGUCAGUUCAAACACAUUUCAGGUACUUAACAGAGAGAAAAUGUUUGGAGGUUGGCCUCAUAUUACUAAUCUAGCAGCCCAUUACAAUGGGAGAAUAUGGAUUACAUGGAGACUAGAUUACUACAUUGUAGUACCAUUGGUAAUAACAACUCAUAUUGUUACAUGUGCUGUGCAUAACAUCCCUUUGAAACUGGACUUUGUCAUAUCUUUUGUGUAUGCAUUUAACACACGAGAGGACAGGAAGGAGCUAUGGGACAUACUAAUGAACUAUAGCACGGCAUGCAAUCAACCCUGGAUAAUUGCAGGGGACUUCAACUCAGUGUUGAAUCCAGAUGAUACAGUGGGAGGAAAUCCAAUAACAUGGCUAGAAAUUGUAGACUUCCAUCACUGUGUAGACACCUGUGGACUGAUCGAGCUUCCUCAUGUGGCGCAGAGGUACACAUGGAAUGACAGAAGUAGUAGUGGACAGAGGAUUUUUUUCAAAUAUUGA